AUGAUUAUGAUGAUGGGAACGAUGAUGGAGAUGAUGGUGAAGACUAUGGAGAUGGUGAUGAUGUUGGCUUUUGCUCUGUCUUCAUCUAUGGAUAUGCGUGUUGAGAUUUUUGGUAUUUCACAAGUUUUCAGUGGAAGCUUUGCUUUUUCCGUUGCUGUUGGUGGUGAACUGUUUGUGUGCCAUAUUUGGUGUGCUUUAAAAGUAAUCGAGGAACAACUGCGUGGAUAA